AUGAGACAACUCAGUCCAAUCCAAGCUUUCCAAAACUGGCUUCUGGAUUACGAGCCUGCAGUUGGUGUAAUGGACUAUUCGAACAAUCCAGCGAAAUCUUUAAUCCAACUAAACUGGAAGAUUUGCAAUAAGAACCUUGUAAACCACACUUCGGUUACAAGUCCGAUCAUAUAUUUCGAUCCUGUUAUUAAUGCCUUUCAUGCAAAAGCGGUCGUCCACAUAUUUCCGCUGGAUACACGAUUUGAACAAGUUAGUUGGUGGUUCACAGAUAAAUAUCUUUGUUCUGUCGUAGAGAUAAAGUUUCGUGGGCAAGCGUUGUUGUUCUUUCCUGUAACAGUCUACAAUCCUCUGCAUCGCCCAUACCCGAGGUCUCAUACGGGAACAAACAAAGCCUGGAGAGAAUUCAUUAAAGAUGUAAAAAGAGAUGUCCCUGAGCGAUUUGCAAAUCACAGUUUACUUAGGGAAUUUAAGAAGGAUCCACGAUUAUACACGAGAAAAUCACAAACUUACUGCAUGAAUGUAACCCGUCACGAGGAAAUUGUGCCGUUUGCACACUUUGUAAGAGAG